AUGCCUUUUCUGCUUUUGUUUCCGAUGCCUGGAGGUUCAACUGAACAGAAAAAACUAGAGAUUCAUGUGUUUGAGGAACCUAUUGAAACUGUCAGAGAUGCUCCAACUUGUAUGGUUAAGAAUCCGGUUUUGAUACCGUCUCCAGACCAACUUGUAAAAAUAUGUCAAAAAAGAAAAAGUCAAGGAGCGCGGUUAUUGGAGACAUCUUCUUCUUCGGAAUCAGAAAGAUCUCAAAGAUCAAAGCUAUCAAGUAUAUUGUUACGAGUUUUUCGUGAGACUCCGGCAACUUCCAGCAAACCUCAUCAAGGAUCUAUCUCUUCUCAAGUGAUUGGAGAAAACCAGCCAGCAUCAUCAGCAACUCAUUCAGCUUCUAUGAUACGGAAUUUGCCAAGAUCUAGCAAGUCAGAAUCGAAGAAUGAUCUUGUAGUAGUGAACGACAGCAUUGCUUCUGAAUCCCAAUCUCAAGUACUAUCUGCUGUUGUCACAAGUCAAAAUGCAAGUUCGAGAAAGAUAUUGAAAAAGGAGAGACCUAAAGUUUCUUUUGAGAGACCCAAAGUUCCUCCAGAUGUAUAUGAUUUCGCUUCGAAUAGUGAAGAGAACGAGGUGCCGAUAAUAUCACCCAGAAAGAAAGGUGUGCCGGUAAUAUCACUUAGAAAGAAAGGAAAAAAUAAAAAAUUUAAACGCAAAAAGAAGACAAAAUUAUUUGAUUCCUAUUCUGAUGAUUCAUCUUCUACAUCUGGUACCAGCUCUGACCCGAGUUGGUUGAAAGAACAUAUAUGGAAAAUGGAAACGGGCGAAUCCCCCAAACGUAUUAAGACUUAUCUCAAAAAGGACAAUCCCAAUUUGUCACCACUUUAUAUACGCACCAACUAUAACAUGCAGGAUAUUUCAACUUCAUCAUCAUCUAACGACUCUGCCAGUAGUCCUGAAGUUGUGAGAUCCGAAGUAACAUAUACCUCCCUAAUGGAGUGGCCAAGUGGAAAACCAAAGACAUGUAGUUUUGCAAGAGCAUGUAAUCUCACUUUCAAUGACAUUGUGGGAGACUAAAAGAAUGAUCCGACGCAUAUCAGCAAAACAUUUGAGGUUAAUCCUUUUGAAGACGCUGACCUGUCUUUACCUGACUUUGAUAGUUUUCCUAAAGCAACAAAAGAAAGUGGCAGGAAAAAUACACCCGAAGUUGGUGAACUAGCAAGACUGAACAACAACACUCCUUCAACAUCUUCUGCUGGAAUGACAAUUAAAAAGAAAAA